AUGGUCGGAGAGAUCGAAAAGUACGGGGUAGAAGUCGUCGCGUUGCAAGAAACAAGAUGGGCUGGGGAAGUAAAAGACAUUAAAUUUAUAAACGAAAGAUUAGGAUUGCUCGUUGUGCAGGGCCGAUGGUACAAGAUCGCGAUAAUCAACGUACACGCGCCAAAGGAAGAUAAAGAUGACGAAAUUAAGGACGGAUUCUAUGAGGAACUCGAACACCUCGUGGAUCAAUUACCGAACGAUUACAUGAAAAUAGUCGUGGGAGAUUUUAACGCGAAAAUCGGUAAAGAGGACAUUUUUAGACCAACGAUCGGGCUCGAAAGUUUGCACGAGGAAAGUAACGAUAACGGAGUGAGG